AUGAACCUUUCACUUGAUCAGUCCAUCUGGUUGGACGCUGUCCCUCUUAAACUUAUACCAGGCGAACGCAAUGUUAUAAAGGAUAAAGGUGUCACCCAUACUAUAUCAAGAUUUUACGUUGUACCCAACGAUUUUAGUAAGGAAGUAUCAGUGAAAGCUUUGCAUUCUGAUCAUGAAUCAUCUAAUAGCGAAGACUCAGUGACUAAUGAUUUGCUAGCAAAUAUAGAUGGGACAUUAACGAAUGCAAACAAUAAUACAAGUGGAAAUAAUGUAUCGUCGACAAAGAAAAGCAGAACAACAGUUACUAUAUUAACAAAAUCAAAUAUCUUGAAUGAGACUUCGGACACUGGUGGCUUAGAGUUACUCGUUCAACCCAUUAGUGGAAAAAAAUCUGUAAACGAUAAUGUUAGUUGGAAUACCUCUCGUGCAGGUGAAGAGACUAAUGAUGAAGUAUUAACUAAAAUAACAAUGGACAGUAAUAAAAAUGACGAAACAAGUCACCAGGCAGUUUCCGGCGAUCAGAGAUUAAACGUAGUGUCAAGAAAUAAAAUUUCGGAAGAAAAUGUUGAAAAUGAGAAAUUUUCCAAUACUGUUACUAAACAAAUCGUUGACGACAGUGCAAACAAAGAAGUUUUACUCGCAAGUACAAUAACUAACGAAGGCCAUUCAAAAAGAAGUGACGAAGUAGAGAGUGGAAAUGACUUGCAUCAAACAUUAAGCGAAAAUAUUGAAGAUGUAUCACCUAUUGUUUAUACGCUGAAAGAGCCAACAUUAACAAGUGAUAAUAAUACGAGAAGCAUUCAUCAUACAAACCUUGACGGAUUGCUGUUAACUAAUUCUGAUACGACUAAUUUGGCAGAUAAUACAGAAGAUGAAAAUACAAGUAGCUUACGAACGAGGAAUGAUGAAAAAUACAUUGAUCCGUGGUCUAUUAUAAGUAAAAAUGGUAAUGACAUAGUCUGGACUAAAGACGAUAAAACAACUAAUAAUAUUCCAGAGGCAAUAGAACUAGGGGUUAAAAAUGAUUUUCCCUGGAACACUAAUGAUGGAACUGACAAUCAUGUGGCCUGGACGGAAGACGAAAGGGUUGAAAAUGAUUUACCCUGGCACAUUGGAGAUAAAACUGUCAAUAAUGUUCCCUUGGUGGUAGAACAAAGGGUUAAAAAUAAUUUACCCUGGGACAUUGAUGAUAAAACUAUCAACAACGUUUCCUGGGCGGCAGACGAAGGAGUUCCAAAUGGCAAUAAUGUGCCUUGGCCGGUAGACGGAGACGAAAGGGGUAAAAAUAAUUUACCCUGGGAAAUUGAAGAUAAAACUAACAUUAAUAUUCCUUGGGUGGUAGACGAACGGGUUAAAACUGACAAUGAUGUGCCUUGGCCGAUAGACGUAGACGAAAGGGUUAAAAAUAAUUUACCCUGGGAAAUUGAAGAUAAAACUGUCAAUAAUGUUCCUUGGGUGGUAGACGAACGGGUUAAAACUGACAAUGAUGUGCCUUGGCCGGUAGACGUAGACGAAAGGGUUAAAAAUAAUUUACCCUGGGAAAUUGAAGAUAAAACUGUCAAUAAUGUUCCUUGGGUGGUAGACGAACGGGUUAAAACUGACAAUGAUGUGCCUUGGCCGGUAGACGUAGACGAAAGGGUUAAAAAUAAUUUACCCUGGGAAAUUGAAGAUAAAACUGCCAAUAAUGUUCCUUGGGCGGUGGACGAACGGUUUAAAACUGACAAUGAUGUUCCUUGGGCGGUGGACGAACGGUUUAAAACUGACAAUGAUAUGCCCUGGACGGUAGACGUAGAAGAAAGGGUGAAAACUAAUUUACCCUGGGCCAUUGAAGAUAAAACUGUCAAUAAUGUUCCCUGGGUGGUAGACGAAGGGGUUAGAACACACAACAAUGUGCCCUGGACGGUAGACCAAAGGGUUAAAAAUGAUUUGCCCUGGCACAUUGAAGACAAAAUAAAAACAGAUAUUCUUUUGACCCUGAAAGGGAAAAAAGCCACAAAUAAUGUCGCAUCGACUGUCCCAAAGAAGACCUUCGAUUUACCUUGGACCCUUGAAGAUAAAAUAAACAAUGAUAUACCUUGGACUAUCGAAGAACAAGUUGGCGACAGUGGUUAUAUUGUUAAAAAGAAAAUUUACAAAAACAUUCCUUGGAGUAGCGAAAGUAAGAUUACUGGCACCGAGCCAUGGUAUGUAAGUCAAUUACCAACAUCACUUUACCAAUCAGGUGUAGUAAGCCAUGGAGUCACAAACAAACAACCUUAUUAUGUGUAUACGUAUGUCGUUCAUCCUGCAUCUGUCGGACCAUCUUCAAUUUUACAUGAACAGCCAGACCUAUACGACAUUUUAAAUGUGAAACAUACCCAGUACAAUACGAAGUUUGAACCAAAUAUAAAACAUGGUUAUAAAAUAUCCACAGUUAAUGCUGCAAUGGAGCCUGUGAAAGCAAGCAAACAGAGUAAUUACGGAGUGCAACAUAAUGGUGUUGUUACUGAUAAAACUAUAAGUUUUCUGAAAAAAUCACAACAUAUUUCACAAAAUCCUCAAAACUUCAUUAUAGACGCCGACACAGUUAAUCCGAAGAUAACAAAUGAAUACAGUCACACUUUGGAAAAGAACGUAGCAACUCCGAAAAUUCCCCACGAAUACAGCCUCAAUAUAAAUCCUUUCACUGACCUAACUGAGUCCCAAGAUCUUACUCAAGAAGUUUUCCAAGGAGGUAUUCGUAAUAUUGAUAAUGUAAAUUCUAACUUUAUCAAUCCUAAAAUUACGCAUGAGUAUAGUUAUAUCGCUGACAAAGACGUUUCUACUCCUAUAACUUCCCAAGAUUACAGCUACAAUAUAUAUAAUCACAAUAAAGUUCCCGAAAUACUUCAAGAUUCUAUUAGACUUACUACUGGGACCGUCAUUCCGAAAGUUAUACAUGGUUAUAGCUACGCCAAGGAAACUAACAUUGUAAAUCCUUACUCUCCUCGCCCUUUAAACCCCAACCUUGAUUAUAAAGGCGUAGUUGCAAACACUCCUCUAGAUUACAAUCUCGACAUAAAUUCGGGCGUGGUCCCUAAUUCUCUUGCUCAUUACAAAUAUGAGAAGAAAGUUGAAAUUAAAAAUAAUGUACAACAAGGUCCUCUUAACGUACACUCAAAAGACUCAGAAAAUGAUCACAGCCUAGUUAUACCACAACUUCAACAAAAUGCGGACGAAGAAUUACAGGUUCCUGAGAAAGCUUUAUGCUUUACGCCAGUCAUGAUCCAAAAGAUUGUCAAGGCAGCUCUAGAAUACGUUACCCAAUUACCAACAGAUGUAGAUACUAUUGUUAAUCAAAUUGAUCAAGAAAUCAACAAAAUAUCAGCAGUCUACUCUCCAUCUCUAUCUCCUGAAGAUAUAGUUGUUAGACAGUCUGUUCAGCCAAUAGAUUCCACAUCAACAUACGAAACGCCUCAACCUCAAACAAGAGCUAGUUUACUAUUGCAAUACGAAUUGCCGGGCGAACAGGUGCCACAUUGUGUAGCAGCUUUAGAAAGGCUGAUCGCGAUAGCAUAUAAGGCCUAUCUUGAACUAGAACACUUCCCACAAUGUCAAGAAUAUUUGUAUAAGUUUGCAAGUACAAACCGAGAGGACAGACCACGGGGCUAUCUCAUUAAAGACAAACCGAACAUAAAAACGUUAAUAGCUAUCAUUUUAGAAGAAUUACUGAAACAGAGACCCAUCAUUAACAUUUCCACUAAUGAAGACAAUCGUUAUGGAGGAUUCGAAGUACCAAACCAAGAUAAUUACACACCUCACAUAACAACCCCGAUUCCUGAUUGGGUAUCAACAUUGGAAACUCUACAAAUAAAUGAUUAUAAAUACCCUCAGCCCCAAAUAAUUACAACUACUAUGCCGAUAAAACGACAACCGGUCAAACCUGACCAUUCCGAGUAUAUAACGAAUCUUAUUAUAAAACUUUUACACGUCGGCGACCUCACGAACAAUAGAAAAAUAUAUGAACACAUCACAGAAAUUGUGGAUCAAAACAGAAACGUCUUCCAUCCACAAUUACUGAACUAUAUAAUCACUCUCCUUAAAACUCAUAGGCAGGUUCAAGUUCCGCGAUUGAAUGAUUUGCUGCUGACACUUCUUAAAGUCCAACGACAUCCUCAGUUGAAAGAUCACUAUACUGAUUCUCUGCUGACCUUCUUGAUUCCAAAUCAUUCAGGCCAAUACGAUGCAAGAUUGGUGGAUAUUUUAUUGUACUUGAUCAACGAACGUCCAAUUUCAGAAGCCGAAGACAUUAUAUCAAUUUUGAAGCCAUUUUCGCAAGGAUUACCUACAACAAGCGAUUACGCUGAAAUAGCUUUUAAUAUUAUAAAACAGAUAAAAAAUAAUCUGCUGACCCGAGAACAGAAAAAUAUUAUAUUGGAAUUAUUGAAUCCGUACUUACCGGACCUUCACAAACAUAAUAAUGCGCGAGCCGUCAUUGUCGCCAAAGAAUUAUCGAAAUGGAAUGGACGCGGGAUUCGCCCCACAUAUUUCAAUACAAUAUUAAAAAUAUUGAAGCCAAACUUAGCCAGUAACAAUGACCAACGAGCUGUUGAUAUUGUGUAUUUCCUUUUGACUAAUGGACAUCGCCUGUCUCCGACGAUUAUAGAAUUCAUUUUAGAUUUUUUGUCGCCACAAAACGGAAUUAUUGACUCCAGGCGACUUAAUCUUAUCCAUUUUAUAUUAAAUGAGGUGAUAAGGUCCCCUAAACAUGGACGCCUUUUAUUGUCUUUGCUUAAAGAGAAGGGUCCUAAUAUAUUGAACUCAAAGUAUUUGGAAACCUUGCUUUUACUAAAACACCACAAUUUAAUAAAUACAGAAUUGUUAGACAUUCUUGUACAACUUUUGAAUGAUGAAACAAGAGGACAAGUAGACGACAAUCAAAUUAGGUCACUGAUCUACAAGCUGAUACCCUACAAGCAACAUAAUCCAAAAGCUGUUAUUGACAUUUUUACACUUUUAAAAGACAAUGGUUUGCAAGGAAAUAUCCUUGAAUUAUUUCAGCUUCCUAAUGACAAUGGAUUCUUCCCAGAUCAAGAACAACAGCCUGCGCCCAUUAAAGUACUUGAUAGCACUGAAAUUCAAAUGACACCGAGCGGUUUCACCAAUGAUUACCGCACGCCUGAAGGUGGAUAUCAUACGCACGGGACAGAAGAGUUAAGUCCAAACUCUCCAAGACCCGAACAAGACCUGAUACAAAUCUUUAAGUGGUUGGAUAGGCACGGAUUAUUGAAUCCAGAUCAAACAUCUAAUAACGAAGUGGUCAAUAAAAUAUUGAAGAUUUUACAGCUGGGCGAGCGUGAGCUGGGUGUUCUCGAGUUGACAUACAUGUUGAAACAUGCCAAGCCCCUGGUCUAUCAACCGGUAUAUUACGUGAAAUAUAGACUGCCAAUAUUAAACUUUAUAUCGAACAUGAAGAAGUUGAUAACGGCGAACCCUGACCUGAAUGCUGACCCGAUGAGACUGUUACAAGAACUGAUUGUAGUAUCGAAUGUUACAGAGAUUUCACCGCAUCUACAGGGCUAUCCCAAAGAAGAAAUAUUAAAGUUAACGUUAAACGAUGGAGAUUUAGUACAAGCGAAGAUUCUUGACGAACAGAGCUUGAAUUUGAAUGAUCAGAUUGCGUAUGUUCACACUUUCAACUCGGAUAUUUCGCCUGAAGAACUGUUGCAGAUGAAUGAACUAAACGAAGCCAAGUACUUCCCGAGAUUUGUACAAAUAAAUGAUCCUAGCAAGUUAACGAUAUUAAGUAAAACGAUUGAUAAGGUCGUCGAGUUCCCACCUGUCGUCUAUAAGAAGCUGAUUACCACCACGCAUUCAGGUUUAAUCCCAGAGAUUCCCACGGUUCACCAGACGUUCAUCGAACGUUCGAAUCAGCAGACCACACCACAGACUGUGCCGGAAACACUAGUUCUGCCAAUAAAGUAA